GACAGGGCGGGCGGCAGGCGGUGCUGGCGGCGGGAGUGGGGUGUGGGCGCGCUAGUGCGGGCGCUGUCAGGGUAAACAUGUCUUCGCCUCCCAAAGAGAAAGCCGAGACUCGGGCUGGACACCCUCCUGCUGUUAAAGCGGGUGGGAUGCGGAUUGUGCAGAAACACCCACACAGUUCUGAUACCAAAGAAGAAAAAGAUAAGGAUGAUCAAGACUGGGAAACCAGCAGCCCACCUAAACCAACAGUGUUCAUCUCUGGUGUCAUAGCAAGGGGUGACAAGGACUUCCCUCCAGCAGCUGCUCAGGUGGCUCAUCAGAAACCACAUCCUUCAGUGGAAAAGCUUCCUCACCCUCAACAUGUCAAACAGCACAUCCACCAACCUCGCAAGUGAGCUCACCACCAAAAUCUCAGCCAUACUGCCAUGAGUGAAUAUGUUUUCGAGAGAAGACAUUGACCCUUCAUGGUUCACAUUAUCAAAUCAGUAAUAUUGACCUCUAGAAAUCUUAUCCCGUUCUUUUACUUUAAUUCCCAAGGGUUAAUGAGAACAAAGACAUUGUUGAGUUGAUAUACCAAAUAGAAAGUUUUCCCUUUUCUAUUAAGUAUUUGCUGAUCAAGCAUGGUUUUUUAAUAAGACUGAUUGACAAGAUGAAAAUCUAUUAUGAUUAGUGAGCUUAAAACUUGAGCUUUUAGUUCUGGCAUUGCAAUAGCAGAUAGUUAAUGUAGUUUUUAUGCUAAACCAGUAGAGAACAUCCCCUUGGUACUGGUACUUCUGUUAUCCAGAGGGAGUUUGUUGAGACAAAUUAGUGAUUGUCUUGAAUACAGUCUUGCAGUCUUGAGUAUCCUGAGGUGUUAGAUCUCAAGUAGGCAGAUAUCCAGCUGAAUCUUUUUUAAACCCCUUUGCACUCCCAGUCUUUAUGAAGUUCUUUUGUGCAAGCUCUGCAUGGGUGCAAAGAAGUAGUCAAGAGUUAUAAGCACGCUGCUGCUGUGACCUCACAGGCCUAUUCUUUUGAGGUGAUUUCUCAAAUCCAGCAACAAGUUCAUGAAAUUCAGGACCUUCAAGAACUGAACUUGAACUGGAGGAAAAUCUGAUUUCUUUUUUUAAAUUACACCAUUACUGUGUUUAACUUUGAGCCAAGCUCUGUUAUGCAUCUUUCUUAAAAUUAAGAAAGAAUGAAGGGAAUAAAAGCUACUUGCCAGACAGAGCAAUUGGAUUAGGUUAGGCCACAUAGUUAAAUAUGUCAAUUACACAGUUUGAAAUAAAAAAAAAAAAGCACAAGCUCUAGCCAAUUCCUUCUUCAGCUCUAUAGAACCCAGGAAAGUCUUUUUUUAAAAAAAAAAAGAAAACAUUCCACCUACAUUUUAAAAAUAUAGGUCUGUUUUAACUGACCAGUACAGGUUUUAAUGCCCUAUGAGUUUGUAAAAACUUCUAACAGUCUCAGAAAAGUGAAUACAGGAGCAAAACACUGAAAUAUGGCCCAUUUCACAAGUGGGAUAACUCACAUCGUGUAAGUGAAGGGGACCUGGUAUGGCCAUCUAUUCAUAGGCUUGAAAUGCAAAGGGUGUAUUACAAAAGAUAGGCUUGGAUGUAUAUAUUCUGUACCAAGGAAGGGGACCUAUAUUUGUGUAUGAAGUCCUUAUUUUCAGUUUAAUUAGAUAACUGUACUUGCCUUAAGGAGUGAGUGUUGUUUAUAAGAAUUAAUCUGUAUUAGAAAAUGCAUAUUUUAAAAUAUGCUUUCUGUUCCUGACAUUGGUACUUUUGAGGCCUUGUUCUUAGCCACUCAUGAGUGUACAAGUGAUUCACACAUGAGUAAUUUACCCUUGAAGGUAGAAUUGUUGGAUCUCAUGGAACAUAUUUAUGAGCUAAAUCACCAGCAGAUUCAGGACAAAGAGACUAUCAUCUCAUUGAUAGUGUAGCCAGUAGCUGUCAGUGUGCUGCAUCAGUGCGUCAGCAGGUGGUCACGGUCACUUACUUGGUGCUGGUAGCUGCUGGUUUAAGAAUGGUGGCAUUCAGCUCUCCUAUUUUUAUGUCUACAUCUGAAGUAGUGUGUAGAUUCUAACUGUAGUCAAAACAGUCAGUAGAGCAUGUUUCAAGACAACCUGAAUUCCUCUUGACUCCAUUGACUAUAGUGGAAAACUAGAAAUACUUCAGAAUAGCAGCACACCAUUUGGUGGGCUUGGACAGCUCUACUCUAUGUGUUCCUACCUUACGCAAGCAACAUGUUUCCAGCUUUUGAGUUAGAAACAACUGCUCUUGGUUGUUAAUGCAAUAUAUAUCGCAUAUAUAGACAGCAUCAGACAUUUGUCUUUGAUUCCUGAGAUGGGUAUGUAAGUUUGUACAAUGAAGCAAGAUUCUCAAGAUAUCUUUAGUUACUUUUAGAGUGUGGGAUUUGCUAUAUGAUUAGAAAAUGUCUCUUUAUGAAAGCAUAUUAUGUAUGGUUGAAAGAUAUCCAUGUUUGUGCAUAGCUGUCCUUACCAAUGCAUUAUCUUGCCGAAAAUAAAGAAUCAUAAUUGGUCA